UGGUGCUCUCAGCUCGGCUAAGCCACCCGGGAGCCGGGACCGAGGAAGGGCCUGUCCCCCCCGGGGGCCGCCACGGCGAUGGGGCAAGCCCUGCCCGUGGUGCGCUGUGACCUCCACGCCUCGACCAACAACCCGGAGCACCGCACCGACGGGAUCGGCGCCCGCGGGCUCGUGGUCCGGAGAGGCCGGCCCUUCCAAGUCACCCUGACCCUGUCGGCCACCCAACCCCCGUGCUCCCCCAGGAUCCCGACCUUCACCCUCGUGGCCCGGACGGGGGCCCAGGCCGGCGGCGCGGAGGCGGUGUUCCCGGUGUCCGGCCACGCAGACGGGACGCGGUGGAGCGCGGCCGUGAAGGAGCGCGAUCCCCGGCGCUGGGUGCUGUCGGUGACCUCCCCGGCCGACGCCGGCGUGGGCCGCUAUUCGCUCCUGCUCCAGGGCUCGGGAAAGACUCGCCGUCUCCUGGGCCGAUUCGCGCUGCUCUUUAACCCCUGGGCCAGAGGGGACGCGGUGUUUCUGGAGGGCGAGGCCCAGCGCGAGGAGUACCUGCUCAACCCGCACGGCCUCAUCUUCCUGGGCACGCAGGGCGGCGGCUGGCCCCGGCCUUGGGAUUUCGGCCAGAGCGACCUGGUGGACUUCUGUCUGCUCCUGCUGGACGUCGACGAGGAGGGCCGGAGCCGGGGAGACCCGGUCCACGUGAGCCGCCUGUUGGGCGCCGUGCGCUUGGGCGAGUACGAUACAGCCGUAAACGGACACACGUUCCCUGCCUCCCCUCUGGCCGGUUCCCGGCCUGGAACUCAUCCCGGUUCCGGUUUCCCGGGCCGCACCCGUCCUCGUUCGUCCGCCGCCAUGUGCCGAGGAGCGUCGUGGGCCAGCGAGAAAGGGCUGAACCUCAUCCGAGAGCGGGGGAUCCCGGCCGGGUCCGGGACGGAGGCCCGGAGGGAAGAGGCGUCGGCGGUCCGGGAGCCGGGCAGCGUCCCCACCCUGCGGGAGUGGGUGGCCCGUCCCCCGGGCCCCGCUCACCGCAGCCCAGACUGGGUGCUCGCGGCCUGCACCUGCUCAGCGCUGAGGGCCGUGGGCAUCCCCGCGCGGGUGGUCACGGCCUUCGGCUGCGCCCGGGACACGGACGGCGGCUGGACCGUGGAGGAGUUCUACGACGACGAGGGGCUGGAGGCCGCAGGGGCUCCCGAGAGUCGCAUCUGGGCGUCCAGGGUCUGGACGGAGUGCUGGAUGGCUCGCCCGGAUCUGUCCUCGGGGUACGGAGGCUGGCAGGUGCUGGACCCACUCGCGACCGAAGGAGGAGGAGAGCGGUCGUGGCAAGAUGCUCUGGCCUGCUGCGACCUGACCCCCGUCCGGGCCGUCAAGGAGGGGGCCGUCGCCGUAGCCCCCGGGGUCUCCCGCCUCUUCGCCUCGCUCAACUCCGCCUGCGCCGUCUGGGUGCGUUCCGGGGCCGGGCCACCGAGCCGGGCGAGCGCCGGCGCCGAGUACCUGGGCAAUUACAUCAGCACCAAGGGCGUGGACGGGGAUCGCUGCGAGGACGUCACGCGGACGUACAAGUACCCCGAAGGCUCCCCUCGGGAAGCGGAGGUCCUAGACGGAGUCUGGAAAGAGCGGGACCGGAGCGAGCCCCGCGCCGACCUCUUCGUCUCCCUGCACGCGCCAAGCUCCUUCCCUCUGGACGGGGGGGCCCAGCUGAAGGUGACCGUGUCCAACAGGAGCGACGAGGAGAGGGCCGUGCGGCUGACGCUCGGGGCCCAGGUGCUCUACUCCACCGGGCGCCUCGGGGCCCGGCUCUGGAGAGAGGAGAGGCACCUGACCCUCGAGGGGAACCGAGACCGGACCUUCACCACCGGCGUGGAGUUCCGCGAAUCCGGGAGAGCCCUGGAGAACAGCUCCUCGCUGAGACUGACGGCGGUGGGGGUGGAUCGCUCCGCCGGGACCUGCUGCUUCGCCCGGGAAGACGUCACCGCCUAUAAGGCCCGGGCCACGCUGGAGAUCCCGCGCACGGCGGUACAGUUCCAACCCAUCACGGCGGUCAUCGGCAUCCACAACGACCUGGCGAGCUCCCUGGAUAACUGUGAGGUGGCAAUCGCCGGCAGAGGCCUCGUGCACAGAGAGAGGAUCUACAGGCUGGGGUCCGUCCAGCCACGGGGGCUCCUGCGGAAGCAGAUCCGGCUCACGCCGACCCACCCGGGGGUCCUCAGGCUCACGGCCAGGGUCAGCUGCGGCCAGUUCCGGAACCUGGUGGCCUUCCGGAGCGUCAACGUGGCGAAGGCCGAACCCCCGGCUUAGCGCCGCCGGGGCCGCGGCCGCCCCCGCGCGGGCCCGGCGCCGGGAGAUGCCCGGGAUAUUAAAAUUCAAGUCGACCGAAA